AUGGAUGCUCUCCACCGCAACAAAAGCGGUUUGUUGUCACUACACGAGGCUAAUGACAGAAAGCUUUGUUGCGACGUUAUGGCAUGCACUUCAGAGAAAUGUCUCAGAAGGGAAAUACACGAGGAAGAGACCCAAUUCGUCGUUGUGAACGUGGCGAAGAACCAUGCAGCUGGUAUGGCACUGGUGAGCACCGCUAGUGAAAGACCAGCUGCGUUAAGAAGGAAAGACGAAUUUGAUGAUGAAUCAAUUUCACAAGAUGAAUCAACAGACACACAGGAUGAGCAUGUAAACAUUCAAUUCACCAUCGACGAGCUCAGAGGGCUCAUGGAUAAGCCUACACAGAUCAGAAACAUGAGUGUUAUCGCUCACGUUGAUCACGGUAAGAGUACUCUCUCAGAUGCCCUGGUUGGUAAGGCCGGUAUUAUCGCCUCCAACAAGGCCGGUGACAUGCGUUUCAUGGACACCCGUGACGAUGAAAAGGCACGUGGUAUCACCAUCAAGUCCACCGCCAUCUCCAUGUACUUCCCUCUUCCAAAGGAAGACAUGGACGCCGUCAAGCAACAAACCAACGGUAACGAAUUCUUGAUCAACUUGAUCGACUCUCCAGGUCACGUUGAUUUCUCUUCCGAAGUUACUGCUGCCCUCCGUGUUACCGACGGUGCCCUCGUUGUUGUCGAUUGUAUUGAAGGUGUCUGUGUCCAAACUGAGACCGUCCUUCGUCAAUCCCUCCUCGAGCGUAUCAAGCCUGUCGUCUGUAUCAACAAGGUCGACAGAGCUCUCCUUGAGUUGCAAGUCAGCAAGGAGGACCUCUACCAAUCCUUCUCUCGUACCAUCGAAUCCAUCAACGUCAUUGUCGCUACCUACAACGACCCAAUUAUCGGUGAAUCUCAAGUCUACCCAGAGAAGGGUACUGUUGCCUUCGGUUCCGGUCUCCACGGUUGGGGUUUCACCCUCCGUCAAUUCGCUGGCCGUUACGCCAAGAAGUUCGGUGUCGACAAGGUUAAGAUGAUGGAGAAGCUCUGGGGUGACAACUACUUCAACCCAAAGACUAAGAAGUGGACCAACAAGGAAACCGAUGCUGAAGGUAAGCCACUCGAGCGUGCCUUCAACAUGUUCGUUCUCGACCCUAUCUUCCGUCUCUUCGACGCUAUCAUGAACUUCAAGAAGGACGUCACCCACAACAUGAUCGACAAGCUCGAAAUUCCUCUUACUUCCGAGGAGAGAGAAUUAGAAGGCAAGCCACUCCUUAAGGUCGUCAUGCGUAAGUUCUUGCCAUGUGGUGAUGCUCUCUUGGAGAUGUGUGUCAUCAACCUCCCAUCCCCAACCACCGCUCAACGCUACCGUGUCGAGAACCUUUACGAAGGUCCUCUCGACGAUGAGUCAGCUAUCGGUAUCCGUGACUGUAAUCCAAAGGGUCCACUCAUGCUUUACGUCUCAAAGAUGGUUCCAACCUCCGACAAGGGUCGUUUCUACGCCUUCGGUCGUGUCUUCUCUGGUACCGUCUCAUCUGGUCCAAAGAUCCGUAUCCAAGGUCCAAACUACGUCCCAGGUAAGAAGGAUGAUCUCUUCAUCAAGACUAUCCAACGUACCGUCCUCAUGAUGGGUCGUAACGUCGAAGCCAUCGAAGAUUGUCCAGCUGGUAACCUCAUCGGUUUGGUUGGUGUUGACCAAUUCUUGCUCAAGUCUGGUACCCUCACCACCUCUGAAACCGCACACAACAUGAAGGUUAUGAAGUUCUCUGUAUCACCAGUUGUUCAAGUUGCUGUUGAAGUAAAGAACGCCAACGACCUUCCAAAGCUUGUCGAAGGUCUCAAGCGUCUCUCCAAGUCUGACCCAUGUGUUCAAACUUGGAUCUCUGAGACUGGUGAGCACAUUGUCGCCGGUGCUGGUGAGCUUCACUUGGAGAUCUGUUUGAACGACCUUGAAAACGACCACGCAUCUGUCCCACUCAAGAAGUCCGACCCAGUCGUUGGUUACCGUGAGACUGUCAAGGCAGAAUCAUCAAUGACUGCCCUCUCUAAGUCACAAAACAAGCACAACCGUCUCUGGGUUACUGCUCAACCAAUGGAGGAGGAACUCGCUCGUGACAUUGAAGACGGAAAAAUUACUCAAAGAGAUGAUCCAAAGGCUCGUGCCCGUUACCUUGCAGACACUUACGGAUGGGAUGUCGCUGAUGCUCGUAAGAUCUGGUGUUUCGGUCCAGAAACCACCGGUCCAAACGUCAUGGUUGAUAUUACAAAGGGUGUUCAAUACCUUAACGAAAUCAAGGACUCAUGUGUUGCUGCAUUCCAAUGGGCUACCAAGGAAGGUGUUUGCGCUGAAGAAAACAUGAGAGGUGUUAGAUUCAACAUCUUGGAUGUCACUCUUCACACUGAUGCCAUUCACCGUGGUGGUGGUCAAAUCAUCCCAGUCACCCGUCGUGUCUGUUACGCCGCCUCAUUGUUGGCUGACCCAGGUCUUCAAGAACCAAUGUACUCUGUUGAGAUCCAAUGUCCAGACUCAUGUCUCGGUGGUAUCUACUCCACCCUCAACAGACGUCGUGGUAUGGUUUACUGGGAGGAGCAAAGACCAGGUACCCCAAUGUACACCGUCAAGGCCUACUUGCCGGUUCUUGAGUCAUUCGGUUUCAACGGUGCUCUCCGUGCUGCUACUGGUGGUCAAGCUUUCCCACAAGCUGUGUUCGAUCACUGGGAGCUCAUGAACGGUUCUCCACUCGAGAAGGGCUCUAAGCUCGAGGCUCUCGUUACCGAUGUCCGUACACGUAAGGGUCUUAAGCCAGAAGUUCCACCACUUGAGAACUUCUACGACAAGCUUUAA